GAACACUGCGACGAUCUGACCAACUGUCAAUGAGGCGCAUCAACAGAUGAGCAGGCUGAUCCAAGACUUUGUCGUUGGGCGAUAGCAAGGAUGCUAUGAUGGCAAGCAAGGCUAUCUGGCUUCGAGAAGCGGCUGGUCUCUACACAGUACUGUACUAGCUCAAAUGAGCCAUCAGGAUGCUGGUGUGCGCUCCAGACGACCUUCAUAUACCUAGCGUUGACGGCUACGCUGCAAUCCUUCCUUGGAACCCAGGUUCUCAUGUCACCAUAGCCUCAGGUGCAGUACGAUGUCUUCGGACGGUCCAUCGGAGGAGGAACUCAUCGCGGCUUCUGAACAACAGUGCGUCCGACUUGCUGCGGUGUACGUUUACGACCAUGUCCUCACGUUCGGACAAGAGGUCGCCGUGCUCUGGACGCGUCGCAAGGGCUGGCCGACAGUGAUCUACUCUCUCUUGCAUCUACUCACUGCUCUGGAAUUGGUAUGGUAUGUUGUUGCGUGGAUUAACAUCCCGUCGUGUCGAGACAUACAACUCAACCUAGUAACCGCUGCCACCUACUGCGGGCUGAAUAUCCUAUGGGGAUUCAUUUCAGCUGUGCGGGUCCACGCUAUCAAUGGGCGGGAAUGGCCACUGUCCUCGGUCGUUAUGGCGCUCUACUGGGUGCCCGUGAUUGCGACCAUUUACGACUAUAGCCGUCUGGAGUGGGUGUUCGAAGAUGGCCAAUGUCACAUCUUCAACACCGCGUCUACAAAGACACUAUACGGCAUCAUUGUAGCAGAUGCGAUUGUUCUGGCGGUCACUUGGCGUGUUACCUAUGGCGUCAAGAAACUCAGUGCCGCUACCACCAACAUGAAGCUGCCUCUCACGUCAUUGCUAAUCAGGGAUGCGCUGCAUCCCAGUAUACUCCUUGUACUCAAUGUAAUCAAUAUUGUAAUGUGGACGUCCAACGCAAGUUCUCCUAUCAUCUUGAAAUAUCACGGAAUUCCCACCACGUAUGAUAUAGUGGACAUUAUCCUAUAUGCCCUCACGACCAUACUGCUGUCCCGGCUCUUACUCAACCUUCGCCAGCGAGCGCUGACUCCCCAGAGCAUCAUCUCCAGCCCAUCGCAGCUCUCGGAUAUCCGCUUCUCUACUCUGAUAGAGAGCCUCAGCGGCUCCCUUCCCCAUGGGUCCGAUGGCCCGGACUCGGAGGGGACUGGUGAGAGCAGCCACUACGACAGCCUGGAAGGCGAACGCUCCACGGAGUCAGGAGACGAGCACGAGCUGGGGGUCCUCGGCCUGCAUGGCACGAAUAGUAUGGGACAAGAGUCUUCCGAGGCGACCCCAGUCGGAUCCAGUAUCCUGCUAGUCGCUCGGGUAUGAUCCUAGCGCUGCCUUUCGUGUCUUCACAUUUACCUCGUCACAGCAAGAUCCGUCCCUGUGCAAUUCAGUUGCUUGUUUCUGUAUAAACGCCGGG